AUGGGUACAAUCGUCUUCCAAGGCCUGCAAUCCUGCCUCGAAUCCCAAAUGGUGGAGUCCAGAACCCUCCGCCUGCGCCUCUCCGCACCCAAACCCGCCGUCGAAUCGGGCGGGUGGAGCUUCCUCCAAACCUUAUCCGACCCGACUUCCCAAACCCAAAUCCUAAAACCCGCUGCUGCUUCUUCCUACGCGACAAAACGCUCUGUUUCGUCCCUCAGCGACAAAUCCCUCGAGCUCUGCACCGAAAAUCUCGGCUCCGAAACCGGGACCGACCACGUGUCCGCCGCCGACGGCGGCAGCAAUUACCUCUUCUCCUCCCCUUCGCCGACGUGGGAGGCGCCCGAAUCGGCUCCGGAGCCGAAUUCCCCUGUUUCGCAGCCGGCGGCUGCGAGGAGUGGUAAUUACAAGAGAUCGAGGAGUAAUUCUUCCCGCCGGGGGAGCGGGGGAUUCCCGCCGCCGCUGACGACGAUGAGGGGCCCGGAGCUGGUGCAGGUGAGGCGGCCGCACAGGGAAGGAGGGAGGCUGGUGAUCGAGGCUGUCAUAUCGCAAUCCCAGCCGUCGUGCUUCGAGGCGGAGAGGAUAGACGGUCGGUUGAGGCUCCACGUGGCCGUGGUCAAAGAUUCUCCCGAGUUUGACUCUUCCGCAACUGCCACCGAGGAAAUUGCGGAAGGGAAUGGAGAAGAAGUCCUUAUCCGAGAAGGAGAAGGAGAAGGAGAAGGGGAGGAAGAGAUAACGGAGAGGAGGAGGAACAACAGAAACUCCAACACCGCGUGGAGAUGCAAAGACGAAGGGGGACAGAACAAGGCCAACGAUAAAGGGAUGUUAAACUGGGAGCCGUUUUGGGUUGCUACGGCGUCGCUUCGAGUUUGA